UUGACGGAGGUCAAUUAUUAACAGCGAGAGGAGCGAAGGCCGAGAGGGUGUCGGUCGGGCGCUCGCUCAAUCGCGGGCCCAGACAGGAGCGUUGCGAAAGCCUCGCGCAGGAAUGCGGCGACAGGCAGGUCUGGACGUGAACUUCCGCAUUGGGCAGGAAGAAGGUUGUUGUCAAAAAAAAAAAAGAAAGAAGCAGAUGGGCUAACGCUCGACAACACGCCCAAACGACCGCUCGCCGUUUUCUAACGGCCUCAUUCUGCCGGAUCUUUUUUUUUUUUUUUUUUUAAACCUAAUGUAUACGACGCUUUUUUCUUGGAUAUAGGAUAUAUUUCUAUACUUUAUAUAGACGAGCACAUCAGACAAGAUGGACGACAUCGACGCCAUGUUCAGCGACCUGCUAGGCGAGAUGGACCUCCUGACGCAGAGUCUGGGACAAGAAACAGCGCCGCCACCGUCGCCGCCGCCACCCCCUUUGACUCUACCCGACGUCGAGCAGAAGGCGGACCUCUCCGUCGGCUUCACGGACCUCAACGCGUCACUUGAUGAGCUGGAAGACACCGACUUGGACGCUCUGAUGGCCGACCUGGUGGCCGACCUGAACGCCACCGAAGAGAAGCUGGCGGCGCAGAUGGAAGGCCUGACGCUUCCUCUGCCCUCUAGCGGCCGCCCGGCCUCGUCCUCCGGCGGCGAAGCCUCCGCUUCGCCCGUCUCGCCCGCUCUGCCGGCUCCGCCCCCGCAGUCCAGCAAACCGUCCAUGGAGGAGAUCGAAGCGCAGAUGAAAGCGGACAAAAUCAAGCUAGCUUUGGAGAAACUCAAAGAAGCCAAAGUGAAAAAGCUGGUGGUGAAGGUGCGCAUGAGCGACGGCAGCUCCAAAACCUUGAUGGUGGACGAGCGACAGGACGUGAGGGACGUGCUGGACAACCUCUUCGAGAAGACUCACUGCGACGGCAACGUGGACUGGAGCCUGAGCGAGACCAAUCCCGAACUGCAACUAGAGAGGACAUUUGAGGACCACGAAAACCUGGUGGAGCCUCUGCUGGCUUGGACAAGGGACAGCGAGAACCAGAUCCAUUUCCAAGAAAGCCCGGACAAGUACGAAGUCUUUAAAAACCCGCAGAAAUUCUACUUGUGGAAGAAGAACAAGAAGGUCUUGAAUGAUAUGAAGGACAAAGACAAGGAGCUCUUAAUCAAGGAGAACUUCUGCGGGACGUCCGUCAUGGUGCCCGACCUGGAGGGGGUGCUGCACCUCAAGGAGGACGGUAAGAAGUCGUGGAAGCCCCGCCUCUUCCAGCUCAGGGCCUCCGGGAUUUAUUACGUGCCCAAAGGCAAGACCAAGUCGUCGCGUGACCUCGUUUGCUUCGUACAGUUCGACAACGUCAACGUUUACUACGGGAAAGACUUCCGAGCGAAACACAAAGCGCCUAGCGACUUUUGCUUUGUGCUUAAACAUCCUCAGAUCCAGAAAGACUCUCAGUACAUCAAGUACCUGUGCUGCGACGACGCUUGGACCAUGAACCUUUGGGUCACCGGAAUACGCGUCGCUAAGUAUGGCGCCGCCUUGUAUGAAAACUUCAAAACGGCCGAGACCAAGGUGUCCGUCGGUUCCGUUUGGGCCGAGCGGAAAAAAAACCAAUCAGAGAACCAGGUGGCCAAUGGACACGCCCCCAAAGUGCAAUCCUCAACUCAGGUGAGCCAGAGGGAUCGAGAGUCACAGGAUGACAACUUGCCACCAGCACCUCCUCCACCUCCAAUAGGCGGGGCCCUACCUCCACCACCUCCUCCAUUAAAUGAAGCUCUUCCCCCACAGCCUCCCCCACUAAGCGGAACGCUGCCCCCACCACCUCCCCCUCUAAGCGGAGCCCUGCCCCCACCGCUUCCCCCACUAGGCGGAGCCCUACCCCCACCGCCUCCUCCACCAGAGGGAGCUUUUCCACCGCCUCCUACACCAGGCGCAGCCCUCCCGCCGCCUCCUCCCACAUUCUCCAAAUGCAAUUUACCUAACCCAACUCCCCUGCUCCCCACCAAAUCUUCGCACAAACCCAUCCCCCAACCACGGCGUCCACCGUCUAAAUUGCCAGUCGCCACGGACAACCUGCCCGCUCCGCCGCCCCCUCCGCCAGCCGUCGACGAGUCCCCGCCAAAUUUCCACCCGCCGCCUCCUCCGGGGCCCCAUUUUGGCUCUCUGCCACCUCCUCCUCCGGCCGUAAAGACCCUGCCGCCGCCGCCACCGAGUUUCAAAAGCACGGCCCUGCCGCCGCCGCCACCUCCCGAUCCCGGAUUUUUACCACCGCCGCCGCCCACAGGCGGGCCCCAACCACCUCCGCCUCCCCCUCCUCCUCCUCCUCCGACAGCAGCAGUCGCAGCCAGGCCUUCCGGGUCGCUGAAAAAGGUGCCGCCGCGUCCUCCUAAGAGGACGACGCCGUCUCUGCAAGGAGGAGGCGGAGAAGGCGGCGACUUCAUGUCGGAACUGAUGCGAGCCAUGCAGAAGAAGAGGGACCCCAUUAAUUAAGUUUAAAGCCAACAUUAUUUGGAGAGAUAUGUAUAUAGUCUGUAAACUACUUGAUAAAAUGCUGAAUUACAAAAAUGUAUAUAUUAAUGAUGAAUAAAACAAACAAACAAAAAAAGAAAAUAUGCAAAGUGGCACAUUAGCAUAGAAUGUCAGAGCACCGUUAUUAGCAUUAUCGGGAUAAAUAAUCUGCAAUUCAGAAAGUGAUGAGAAACAAAAAAUGCAAAACAUUAGACUUAAAAACAGAAGAUGAGGAAAACUUUAAAGCAGUACUUCCAAAUUAACAAUACUGG